GAGAGAACCCAGUUUGAAACCGCACCCCCAGAGUGCUAUGUGGGACGCAAACAGCACCAUAUCCACCUAAGAGAUUCUUCUUACAGCGUUUUGAGAGAAAUCAAAAACAACAGUUGAGAAUCAUGAAAGUCAGAUUGUUCCUUGGUGUUCUGCUAUUACUAGACCUUUUAAGUUCCUGUUAUUUUUAUAAGUCAAAUACUUUGCCUGAUAUAGAAGACACACAGUUUAUUACGGAGUGCGUGAAUGCUCAUAACAACUUUCGGUCCAAGGUGAAUCCACCAGCCAGAAACAUGCUUCACAUGUCCUGGGACUCUGCUUUAGCUAAGAGUGCCAAAGCAUGGGCAAAGCGAUGCCACUUUGAUCAUAAUGUCUAUCUUAAAGUACCAGGAAAAGUGCACCCUAACUUUACUCCAGUUGGAGAAAACAUCUGGACUGGCUCUCUCUCUCUCUUCUCUGAGAGUGCAGCUAUCCGCAACUGGUAUAAUGAAGUCACAGACUACAAUUUUGAGACCCGCUAUUGUACAAGAAUGUGUGGCCAUUACACCCAGGUUGUUUGGGCCACAAGUUACAAAGUUGGCUGUGCAGUUCAGUUCUGUCCUAGAGUUACAGGUUUCAAAGGACUCACCAAUGGAGCACAUUUUGUUUGCAACUAUGCACCAGCUGGGAAUUAUCCGACACAGCCUUAUAAAACAGGAGCAGCAUGUAGUGACUGCAAUGGUGAAAAGUGUGUGGACAAGCUCUGUGAAAAUCCAGAACGUGAGACAUUGAAAAGUUACUCCAGUUGGUAUCCAGACUGGGACAUACCUCCACGCCCCAACCCCUCCGGUGCUCCACGCCCCAACCCCUCCGGUGCUCCACGCCCCAACCCCUCUGGUGCUCCACGCCCCAACCCCUCUGGUGCUCCACGCCCCAACCCUCCACGCUCCUCAUGUGACCAAUACUGUAUUACUGUUUUAGUAGUAAGGCUACUGUUUGUGUUACUGAUUAUUGGUGCUGUCUUACUAGUACAAUGGCAGUAUCCCCAGAUAUUUAUAUAUGAGUAAUCUCCAUUUGCCUCCUAUUGUCAGUGUACAUAAGCAUUAGUACCAGCCAGUUUUCCUGGGCUGCUCAUGGUUGUUUGGGGCAAGGAAGAGGAGGAAGUGUGCAUGUUAACUAUUCAGUCAAAGCCAGAGAUUUUGUACCUCUCUGCACCCCAGGCGUACCUCUUCAUUGUCCAUUCUUUUCCCUAAGAAACACCUUAGAACUUAAGGCCAGAAGGUGACAGCUUUAGACAUUUCACUAUAACUGCCUUCUCCUAACCGUCACCAUUGUCAAGUUAUGAUGUCCCUUAAACACAUCAUGAGAAUCACCCCAGUUCACAGCUCCAGGCCAAUGUGGGCUGCGGGAAGUGGCGCGGGCCAAGGGACAUACUUCCAGCAGCCCCCAUUGGCCUGGAGCAGCGAACCAUGGCCAGUGGGAGCCGCGAUUGGCUGAACCUGCGGAUGGGGCAGGUAAACAAACUGGCCCGGCCCGCCAGGGGCUUUCCCUACACAAGCAGCGUUCACAGUUUGGGAAAUACUGGGUUAUAGAAUCAUGGGAACUCCCCUCUUACCUUCUAUUUCUGCCCCCAAGCUGUUUUUCCAUACAUAAGGUUUUAAUAAGUGUCCAUCCUACCUCUGUCAGCACUGCCAUGAGGCUCUUGUCUUGUUCACUUGGCAGCCUCUGCUCAGUCACUCUAGUGCUGCUUCCAGAAGUGUUGAUUCAGCACAAGGGGCACAAGUGGUACUGCAGCAGAGGUAGGACAGAGAGAGGCCUUAAAAGACUUAUUUACUUAUUACCAAUGGGUUGGAUUUGACAUUAAACUAGCAACUAGCUUGGAUUAAAAUAACCCCCCAAGUCCCUGCAGUUCUAGUUGAGGGGGUGGGGACAGGGAAAGAGCAGGAGAGGUAUCUAUUUAAUACACAAUAAACACUGAAUUACAUACCAAAUGAGCUAUACAUGACUUUACUCACCUAAAAUGUAAGCCACCACAUUGCAAGCCCAGUGUUCUUUUGUGAUACCAGACUAGACUUAAUAGUCUUAUAUUAGGACUCUGGCAAUGGCCUAUAUCCAAUUAUUUACAGAAAAAUAACCCAUUACGCGCCUGGCUGAUUGUGCAAUGCUUUAUCCCAAGAGAAAAAUUUCUCCCUGACUCGUAAGGCAAUCAGAUUGUGCUCUGUAGUAGGACAUUUGGCUGCACUUCUCAUGCUGAGCUAUGGUACAAAUAUUCUUAAGGAUCAUAAAAUUAAUGAUAGUCAUUAUUGCCCUUCAAAAAUAUAGAUACAGCUAAAGCAUUGUUCAGUUAACUGUCUGCAGCAGGGAAAUGCAGAGUUUGAUAUUACCCUGAAAAAAGGAAUAUUUCUUUUUUAUUGGCUGUAAAUUGAUACUUCACCAGUCAGAGAGAAAACCAGGGUUCAUGGUAGAGUCUCUAUCACUGACAAUUUUUAAAUCAAGAUUGGGUGUUUUUCUAAAAGCUGUGUUCUGGGAAUUAUUUUGGGGAGUUCUAUGGUUGGCUGUGUUAUACGGGAGCUCCCAAUGAUCUCUUCUCACCUUGGACUCUAUGAAUCCAUUGAAGAUACUCAUGAAUUGUUACUGCUACAUCUCUGAAAUAAGAAUGACAAUCACACAGCUACAAAAACAGUUUAGUUGUGUUUGUCAUAUAUUGCUUUCAUAUAUAUAAAAUCUCCCAUUUAUUAUCUUUAGCCUUUUAAUCACUGUACACUAAAAGUUAUUUUUGCAUUUUAAUUCUUAUUAUUUUAAUUUCUGUGCCAGAUAUUUUGCCUCCUAUAGCACUAUCUGCCUUGAGAGGUAGCAUCAUUAUCCUCAGGGAAAGAGCUUUUUGUGUUAUUGAGGAGUGUGUGAGAGCACAUAACAGUGGGAAAGUGGCCUUUAUUGGAUUGUAGGUUGGAUAGAUGCAGAUUUGAAAAUACCUGCAUAUUCCAUUAGUAAAUAGAAAAACUGGAACUUUAACUUUCGGUUGUGUGAAUUACCAUGGAAAGCCUGGAAAUUCAAAAUGUAAAGAUGGCAAUGCAUUCCUAAUGUUCAACUUUGGGGGAAGAGGAAUAGAAUGGGUGGAGAAAGUGAGCUAAGAGGAAGAGUCCAUCCUGGAGAGGGGAACCUAACAUUUUUGGGGAAGACUCAAAGUUGUGAUGGAUUCAACUCUCUCCUCCCACUAUUUACCCUUAAUGCAUCCCGUCCACUAAUAAGCCUGUUCACAUAUCUGGAUACUGAACAGUGAAGAGAUUUAAAAGUUAUAUUUGCACACACAAGCCCCUUUACAAUGGUUAAUUUGUCAGUUUCAGAAAAUGAUAUACAAAAAGACUUUUUACAUUAGAAACCUAAAUAAAACCCCGUUCAUUUUUAAAAUA